UGUGUAUUGAAUUUCAUUUAGCGUGUUUAUCUGCAUUACUUCAUUCUGUUAUUUAGGUGGUGUUUAACUCGCUGGACUUCUAUGAGUUAAAGGCACUUUCAAAUUUUUGGACUCAAAUUUAAACUCCUCCCACAAUCACAACUGUCAGGGGUCUUAAACGUAAGUUUAUCACUGAUAGAGAGAAAAAGAGAGGGAGAAAGAGAGGGGGGAAGAAAGAGAGGGAAAGGGUUACUAGCAUUAAUGCCACUGUGAAUAUUUUUUGUAAAUAUCUUUAACACUAAGUUCCGGGCCUGUUGCACAUCUAAUACUCUUUUCGGACAAAUACAAAAGAGGACACGUUUAUUUGCCUCUUUUGGGAAGAUUAGAAAAUUAUUUCGAUAAUAAAUGCUAAACGGAUGGCUGUGACUCAAGCCGUUCUGCCUUCAUUUUCAAACUUCUGCAACGCCUCCGAAAACAUGAAGGCUUGGAAGUUUGAAAAAGGCUUCUUGGGUCUGGAUUCUAAGGAUCUGCACCAAAGCAGCGGCAGCUAUAAAGCUCCUCAGUUACUGUCAGACGAGAACCCCGAUGACAGUGAGGGAUGCUGGGAUAUGGAGUUCCUGCUGUCUGAUUGGGGCGGGGCAUCACCUGAACGGUCCAACUCUCAAAACUACACUUCCCAGCGGCCGCCGAUGCAGGACCAGGUGCACAGUCCUGAUCUUUACCAGGUCCAGGAGUCAAGACCAAACAGAAACCAAGUGUCCGUUACAAGCUCUCUGGCUGAGCUGCUUCCUCACGAAGCAACUUUAAGUUCUUCACUGCCUGACCUUUUUAACGGAGGGUAUUUGGAGCAGCAGCAACAAGUGGCAAAAUCAUUCUCGCAACCAGAAAACCCCCAUCAGUUCGCUGGCUUUCCCACUGCUAAUGACAUCAACAGAGAAAAUGAGAGAAACAGCAUGGGGAAGCUGAAGUCGUGGGAUUUUGGACACUUUUCUCAGCCUGCACCUUUGAUACCCUUCCCUUCCCAGACGUCUGGGGUCGCUGUGGACGCACUGGUGUUUCCUCCGCACCAUCACUACAACUUCAUCCAGAACUACUCGCAGCCCAGACUCUACCAACCGCAAGUCAACUAUGUGCACAGGCAGCCGGCCAGCCGCUAUCCGUCCACACAGAGCAUGGCGCCCGACUCCACGGUGACCCCUGCAGGUCUGGAGGGGAAGCGCAUGCGGAGAGGGGUGUUGAAGAGGAAAGCCACGGUUCACAGUUGUGAAUAUCCAGGCUGCCAUAAGACUUACACCAAGAGCUCUCAUCUCAAAGCCCACCUCCGGACACACACAGGUGAAAAGCCGUACCAUUGCACGUGGGAAGGUUGCGGAUGGAAGUUCGCCCGUUCGGAUGAGCUGACGAGGCACUUCCGAAAACACACGGGACAGAAGCCGUACGAGUGCAUGCUCUGCCACAGAGCCUUCAGCCGCUCCGACCACCUGGCGUUACACAUGAAGAGACACGUGUGAGGCCGAACACAAACGAAACACAAAAAAGCAAAUGCGUCCACACGUUGAGGUUAGUGCAUGAGGGCAUUCUAGAGUUUUAAAGAGGACCUGUGUUCAGCAGGUGAGGCGCUGGACAUCGUUUAUCCAUAAAGUACUAUUAUAUAAAUAUACGGUAGUCCGCAUUUGAAGUGGGUCAAAACCUUUCGUCGAAGUUGUCCUGAAACCUGAAACCAAAACGUCUUGUUGAAAUGUUUUGAUCCACUUUAAACGCUGACUACUGUAGACAACUGACAUGUACAUACUGUACAUUAAAUGAUAAAGGGGAUGAGUUGGUGAUUUUAUUCUUUUUUUUUUUUUUUUUUUUUUAAAUAAAUUCAUAAUCGUAAGUAGGUUUCACACCAAAAGCAAGAGCUCCAAAUUUGUAUUUAUUUUAAAGUAAAAGCAUCAGACUUAUUUCCAAUCUGGACCCUUUAACUGAACUGUACGAAUUAGGAAACGGUAAAGAAUUAAUUGAAAUCCACCCAUCAAAAAUGGACUACUGUGAAAAAUGAAAAAGAAAGAGAAAACAUGAAAAGUAGUUAACUGGCAGGGCAGUGAGACACGCUCUCAUUGCUGUAAUGUGCGGAAAUUCCUGAUGGAUAUAAAUUGGAGUUAGCUCAUGUACAUAAACAUGCAGAAAUAUAUGUAGCUUAAAGUGUGAUUUUUACAGAAAAGUAUAUAUAUAUAUGUGUGUGUGUGUGUGUGUGUUGCUGUUUGGGUCAGUGGUGAGCUUUGUAUUGUUUUAUAAAAUUUGAUCUGAUUUCUUAUUUAUUGCCUAUAGUCCUUUUUGUGUGGGAGUUCUUUGGCAUUGUACGUGUUACCAAAUUCUUCACGCGAAAUGGUAAUAUUGCUAUUUAUAUAAAAGGAUACCAUCAAGAGAAAAAAUAAAUAUAUUUUGCCUUUCAUGCAAAUGUUUUUGUGAAGCAUACUGAACAUGCGAUCCUUUAUUUAUGUGCUCUCAUUCACUAAUAAAGCAACUGCAAUUCUGCA